AUGUAUUAUGAUUAUGAGGCACAAGAUGAGCACUUGCAGCCACUACCCCGUUUCAUCGACGAUGGAGAAGAAUCGGAUAGUUCAGCAGAUAACGAUCAAUGUGAAAUUGUUACUGAUACAGAAGAUAGUGGAAAUUCACUUGUUAAUUUAAAUAAAUAUUUAAAUAUGGAUUCUACUGAUGACGACGAAGCUAGUGCUGACGAAGAGCGCGAACAGACUGUUCUAGAAAAGUCAAUUGGCGAAGAUGAAUUUGAACAAGACGAUGAUUCUGAUGAUCCAGUGCUGUCGAAUCUCAUUUCUUCAACAACAACAACACCUAUAACUUCAGUCAGUAGUGUCAUUCAAUUACAAAAACCAUUAGCAAAAGCUACCGGUAAUCAAGGCAGCACGAAACGAAAACGGAAACAAUGGUCUAUUAAAGAAAAAUUAUCGGCUUUGAAUAGCUUUGAAAAAAAUCUUGGUAAUAAACAGCUUACUGCUCAUCAACAUGGUUGCUCACGAUAUCUAUCGUCACAAUGGCUUAAAGGGAAAAUGGAACUUGAAACACUGUCCAAGCUCAAGCAUGACAAGAAUAACUGA